AUAUUAUAUCUCUUGAAAAUGAUGUCCAAAUCUUCAGCAUGUACCAACUAUGACAUAGCUUUAUAUCUUCCUUCCAAAAAACUUUUAAAUUGAAAUUUUGUUGUAAGCCCCAAAAUUAGUGAAUUUUUUCUUAAUAUGUUUUCUGGGCAUUUUAAAUUUUAGCUUUCAUGUUGCAGGCUCACAAAAAUGAAUGUUUCACCCGGGAAUAGAUCUAUUAAAGUCUGAGUCAUGGGAGAGCCCAAUGCUGACUACUUAAAAUUAAUGCUGACACUAAAUCAUAGCACCGUCUAAAGCUGAAUGUAACUUAUCACAACAGCGGUCAGAAUCAAUCGAAGUCAGUAAAGAAAGACAGCCGCAAGGUAUGGGGAAUAAUAACACACAGGCACAAGAAAGGCAAGAGGCAGAGGGAAGGCAACAGGCCGAAGAACGAGCAAGGCGAGCAGAAGAGGCAAGGCGGCAAGAGGCAGAAGAAGGAAGGAGAAAGGCAGAAGAGGCAAGGCGGCAAGAGGCAGAAGAAGGAAGGAGAAAGGCAGAAGAAGGAGUGAGGCGACUACUAGCAGAGGCAAAAGCCCGGGCUGAAAACCAACAGCGGAAGCUGGAGUUGGAUAGUGAAGAGAGACAACAGAAGCUCAGAUUGCAAAGCGAAGCAGAUGAAAAGGAAAAGGAUAGGAAGCUUGAAAGGCUCAAGAUUGAAACUGAAGAAAACCAAAGAAAAAGGGAGCAUGAAGAAAAAAGGCUCACAAUUGAAAAUGAAGAAAAUGAAAAGAAAAGGGAGCACGAGAGGCUGAAAUAUGUAAGUGAAGCAAAAGAAAGGGAAAAAGAUAGGGAGCUUGAAAGGUUUAAGAUUCAAAGUCAAGAGAGAGUUGCCAUUGAGAAAUGUAGAUCCAAAGAAAAAGUUGCUAAGGAAGAAGCUGCAAAAGCGAAGGAAGAAGCUGCAAAAGCUAAGGAAGAAGCUAACGCAAAGAAAGAGGUGAAUAAAACGCUUGAUAAAUUAAACACCGCAAAAAAUCCACGGGCAGCAUUGAUGGUGAUUGGUGGAAGAACCCGGUGUGAUGAUGGCUAUAAUCCUGCAGAAGCCUCUCGUCGUGGGGUGAAUAUUCCACAAGAAGACAACAGUCUGAGUUCUCAGUCUUCUCUGAGUUCUCAGAAUUCUGAUGGCAUUGUAAGUACUAAUGCUAGAGAAAAUGCACCUGACGAUCCAUUCUUAUACAAUGAAGCACAAAAUGAAAGGUGGACUAGGGUACAUAAGAGGAAAGUAAAAACUGCUAUAUAGUUAAGAACCUGCUAUUUGCCUACCGGCCAAAAGAACUUUAUAUUAUACUUUUGUGACUUUGUUGUGCCCUCAAUUUGUUUAAACUGUUUUUUGUAGUGUAUAUGUACCUAUACCUUUGAUGUUGUAGUUGUAACAAGG